CAAGCGCAGUGGGCGGGCCGGGCGGCGGCGCGCUGACUUGGCAGGACCGGCAGCGGUGGAGACGGUAGAGUCCACCGAGGCGCUGACUGGGUGGUUAGGCUGGCCGGCCGCUGCGGCCUCCAGAAAGUCCUCCUCGUGGCCCAGAAUCCCCCGGGCAGCGGCGGGCCGUGGCGGGAAGCGUGGCCGUGAGCUGCGGCGGCGGGCACACCCUUGCGCCGCGGCAGCGACAACGGACAGGUUAGAGUGGGGGCUGGGGCGUGCGCGGGCACAGUCCGGGACUAGAGAGGGAGCCCGAUCCUGGCGAUCAUCAACCAUGUCCGACGAGGCUCCAGCCACCACUUCCUAUGAGAAGUUUCUAACCCCCGAGGAACCCUUCCCGCUGCUGGGACCCCCUCGUGGGGUGGGCACUUGCCCAAGCGAAGAGGCGGGCUGCCUGGACAUCAGCGACUUCGGCUGCCAGUUGUCCUCCUGCCAUCGCACCGACCCACUCCACCGCUUCCACACCAACAGGUGGAACUUAACUUCAUGUGGAACAAGUGUUGCUAGCUCAGAAUGUAGUGAGGAGUUGUUUUCCUCAGUUUCUGUUGGAGAUCAAGAUGAUUGCUAUUCCCUGUUAGAUGAUCAAGACUUCACUUCUUUUGAUUUAUUUCCUGAGGGGAGUGUCUGCAGUGAUGUGUCUUCUUCUAUUAGCACAUACUGGGAUUGGUCAGACAGCGAGUUUGAAUGGCAGUUACCAGGCAGUGACAUUGCCAGUGGGAGUGAUGUACUUUCUGACAUCAUACCCAGUAUCCCAAGUUCACCUUGCCUACUUCCUAAAAAGAAAAACAAGCAUCGGAAUUUAGAUGAACUUCCCUGGAGUGCAAUGACGAAUGAUGAGCAGGUGGAAUAUAUUGAAUAUCUGAGUCGUAAAGUCAGUACUGAGAUGGGUCUUCGGGAGCAACUAGAUAUUAUUAAAAUAAUUGAUCCUUCUGCUCAAAUAUCCCCUACAGACAGUGAGUUUAUUAUUGAACUGAAUUGUCUCACAGAUGAAAAAUUGAAGCAGGUAUGUACAGAAUAUACACAUUGCAAAACUAUUGAAAAUUCCACUGUUUUAUAAAAUGUUGACUUGAUU